AAAAGAAGAAGAAGAAGAAGAAGAAGAAGAAGAAAAUUGAAGAUAGAAACGGAAAUGGCAGACCGUGGAAACGUGGAGGACGUCCGUAAUCGCGUUAUUUUAGGAGAAUUUUGCGUGAGAAAUGUUCACACAACUGAUUUCCCUGGAAACUACCCUGGCUAUAAUGACACUUGGGAUAUGCAGAAAUUCCAGAAGCACUUCAGAAUUGAUGUUGGAGAGCUCACUGAAAACUUGAUGGAGUUUGACAUGGCGGGGGUCGAUGCAGCUAUCGCCAAUGCUUUCAGAAGGAUCUUACUAGCAGAGGUGCCCACCAUGGCCAUUGAAAAGGUUUUUAUUUACAACAACACAUCGAUCGUCCAAGAUGAAGUGCUGGCACAGAGAUUAGGCCUCAUCCCCAUCAAAGCUGACCCCUCUCUGUUUGAGUACAGAAGUAUUGAUAAGGAGUCCGCAGAGGACGAAGUUUCGGAAAUAGACACAAUUCAGCUACGCUUGAAGAUUAAAUGCAACAAGGAUGCUAGCGCAAGCAAAGAUUCUUCUGAUCCACGGGAACUUUAUUUAAACAGCAAAGUCUACUCCAGAGAUAUAAAAUGGGUCCCAAUUGGUAACCAGGCAGAUGUGUUUGCUGACUCCAGUAUUGAACCAGUACAUGAUGACAUCCUUAUCGCGCUGCUCCGUCCCGGACAGGAACUCGACAUUGUCAUGCACUGUGUCAAAGGAAUUGGGAAGGAUCACGCCAAGUUCUCUCCUGUGGCCACAGCAAGUUACCGCCUCCUGCCAGAGAUCACCCUCCUUGAAACAGUGCAGGGAGAGAAGGCAGAACGCCUCAAACGUUGCUUUUCACAAGGAGUUAUAGAACUGGAAGAUGAUAACGGGAGCAAGGUCGCUAAAGUUGUCAACAGUCGCUUGGAUACAUGCAGCAGAGAAAUUCUCCGUCAUGAUGACUUAAAAAAUGUGGUGAAACUUGGACGUGUGCGAGACCACUUUAUCUUUUCUGUGGAGUCUACAGGAAUUCUGCCCCCAAAUGUCCUCUUCACAGAAGCUAUCAAAGUCCUCAUGGCGAAGUGUCAGAGAUUCCUGAAUGCACUGGACUCUGCUGACCCAGAGUGAAAUCACGUGAAUGAAAUGUAUUAUAGUGAUGCAGAGGUCUCACUGGUAUGACUUUAUACUCUUCCUUUUUCAAUAAAACUUUUUGGGAAAAAAACAUUU